UGUUUAGAUAUUAAGGUUUAACUAGAGUAGAUAUAUUUAUAAUAUGAGUUACUUGUAUUUUACAUACAUUAGCAGCAAAUUUAAAGUUAGGUACGAAAUGAAAUAAAUUAUAUUGAAAUUUGUUUUUAUUAUAUUAUAAUGUUAUAUAUAGUAGUUUAAAAUAAAACUUAAAUUUAAAUAAGAUAAUUUUGUUAAUACUAACCAAUUAGAUCAUUCAAAGACGUACUAUAUACACAUGCACAUGAAGAUACAGCAAUAUGAUGUGACACAUGGUUUGAAGUAAUAAUAAUAAUAAUUUAAAAUAGCGAAAAAUAAUUAAAUAAGAAUAUAAAAUGUCAAGACGUCCAGAACAUCUAGCACCACCUGAACUGUUCUACAAUGAGGUAGAAGCUCAAAAAUAUACGCAAAAUUCUCGAAUGAUAGAUAUACAGAAUCAAAUGUGUAGACGGGCCAUAGAACUUCUUCUACUACCAGAAGAUAAGACUUCUUUACUCUUAGAUAUUGGUUGUGGUUCUGGCUUAAGUGGCAGUGUAAUUGAGGAAGAUGAACAUGUAUGGAUAGGAAUCGAUAUAUCUUCAGCAAUGCUUGGUGUAGCAUUAGAAAGAGAAGUAGAUGGAGAUUUAAUUUUAGGAGAUAUGGGCCAAGGAAUGCCAUUUAAAGCAGGAUGUUUUGAUGGAGCAAUUAGUAUUUCUGCAUUACAAUGGUUAUGUAAUGCAGAUAAAAAUUCACAUGAUCCAUCAAAACGAUUAUAUAAAUUUUUUUCUACCUUGUUUUCAUGUUUGUCGAGAUCAGCUAGAGCUGUGUUUCAAUUUUACCCUGAAAAUAGCGAACAGAUUGAAUUAAUUACAACACAAGCAACAAAAGCAGGCUUUUAUGGAGGCGUGAUUGUAGAUUUUCCAAACAGUACUAAAGCAAAAAAAUACUUUUUAGUUUUAAUGACAGGCGGACCUUCUGUUCUUCCACAAGCUUUAGGUGUGAAUGAACUUAACUCAAAUGUCUCUUACACAUCUAGAAGGGAACGGAUGAAGAAAACGAAAGGUAAAUACUUGAAGAAUAGUAAAGAGUGGAUUAUUGAAAAGAAAGAAAGACGUCGAAAACAAGGAAAGAAAGUUCCAGAAGAUUCAAAAUAUACUGGAAGGAGAAGAUGCGGGAGAUUUUGACAAACAUUAGCCUGGUUCUCAUUCAUUUCUGAAUUUCUAGUUUGAGAGAAUCAGUGUUUAUUUACUAAACAGGCAUAGGCAUAUUUGAGUUUGUACUUCAAAAAGGAAUUGUUCAUAAUAAAAAGAAAGAACUUAA